AAUAUUAAAGAUUUGAAAAUGGUCAACAAAUAAAUAAGAAAACGCGCACAAUUGAUUUUGACUUUAGAGAGAAGCCACCACCACGUUGCGUCCGAGCCAAGACGCACACACUGGACGGUGCUUUCACCUAACCUAACGGUGGGUCCCAUUUCAUUCCCGAACCGAAUUAGGUUCGGAGUUUUCUUUCCCCUUUCUAUAAAUUCACGCUCGCAAUUUCCUUCAACGCGUAACUCUCUCGGUAACGAAAAUUUCUCAGAGAAAGGAACGAGUGAUAAGAGUGAAGGUGAUCAAAGAUGGCAUUAGUUUCUGGAGGAAGAUCAACCCUAAACCCGAAUGCGCCUCUUUACAUUCCGGCUGCUUUUCGUCAAGUGGAGGAUUUUUCUCCGGAAUGGUGGCAGCUGGUGACGACACUGACAUGGUACCAUGACUACUGGCUUAACCAGCAGCAUGAUGAUGAAGGCUUCUACGACGAUGAAUUUGAUGGCAAUGAUGUGGUUGAUUUGCUUCCUGAUGCAUUUGAUCUUGACGUGAAUGAUGAUGAUGAUCUUUCUAUUGAAGCUCAGCUUGAAGAGUUUAUCAAGUCUUCUGAAGCUCAAGAUGAAGCGUUUGCAGAGUCCGGAUUGAAGAAAUUUACUGGAUGAGGCGAAGAUGGAACUUCCAACAUAUCUUCUACCAAAGAGGCUGAUUGCAAUGCUUUCGGUCAUUUAGAUAAAUGUACCAUGUCAGUUUUAACUUUCUUUAACUUUUGUAUAGGCAAGGUUUCGAUGUUCCUUCUUAGUUACCCAAAUCUAUGGUAAAUAGAGAGAAAAAAUGUAAAAAAAUAUUUCUAGUAUUGUUGCAACUGCUGCUAUAAGUAAUAUGACAAAAUGAGAAGAAAAAAAAUCAAAAGAGAAGUCGGGAUUUGUUCAUUCA